AUGCGUCAUUUGGACAAAUCGGUGUACAAGGAGAAAUUUCAUCAGUUUCAUCCCUUCAACUUUCAGUGUAUAACUGAAGCGAAUGUUUAUUCUAUGCCACCACCCAGUAAGCAAGCUAGAAAAAGUCCAACCAGUCAAUAUACUAUUGGAAAUGUGUCCGAAAUCCCGCUUACUCUAAGCCCCAAUUCAGUAGAGAGUGAAUCCAGUAAUGUAAAAGAGUCAGUUAUACCGAAUACGGAACAAGAACAGGGAAACCAAACUCUCCAAGAGGCAGUACGUUCAUUGAUAACCUGUGCAAUUUGUUUGGAUAUACCAAAACAGGCAUACCAAUGCUCGAAUGGACAUCUGAUCUGUAUUCAUUGUGUUACAAGAUUAUUGCAACAACACUCGAAUUCGAAUGCUGUUUGUCCAAGCUGUCGCAUUCCGCUUCAUUUUGGCCUACGCCGUUGUCUAUUGGCCGAGCAGCUCGCAUCGGAAUUGCCGUCUGACUGUCGAUUCUGUGGCUUACGAAUGGUUCGGAAACAAAUUGAACAACACGAAACAACAUUGUGCCCCGUGAGACCAGUCACGUGUCGAUUCAGUGUCAUCGGUUGUCAGUGGUUUGGGAAGUGGAACCAACUUGAAGGGCACUUUAAGCAUUGCCCGUACAAAGACAAACCGAUUAGUGAAAUAGAACCUCUGCUGGUUACGGCUCUUCAUCAAAACCAAAUUUGGACAUCUGAAAGAAAUCAAUUUCCACGCGGAUUGCUUGCACAACUGGCCAAAUCAUCUGGAGGUUUGAAAGCAUUUCGUAGACAAAUUGCUGUGUCCCGUGAAGUACCAGGGACAGAAAGUUGUGAGGGGAGAGCCAUUUACCAGAGCACAAGCAAUCUGUUUCGUUGUUGUGGGUUGAAGCGCAUAACUGUGGAUGUUACGGUUGAUCAUAAGCAAGGUGAUUUGCACUAUUGUAUCAAAAGCAAAUGGGAACAAACUUCGGAAAUCUCAUUCCGUCUCUGUCUUGUUCAUUGUGGUGAUGUUGAAUUCGAUGUGAAUGACCAACUGCGUACGUUCAGAUUCAGCUCGAAUCAGAAAGAAAGUCCGACUUAUUCAACCAAACUGAUGUAUCAUCGCACUUUGGAGCUUUCCGAUCCAAUGCGAAAAACAUUGGAUCAAAUUUCAACAAACAACUCAUAUUAUGGUUUCCCGUUGGAAAAUUUGAAGAAUGCUUGCAAUCUUUUACUGGAAUUUAUUGUAUUCAAAGAUAGAACCGAUAUUUUGGAUAUGCACUUGGACGACCACAGCAAUGAUAAUAUAUCCGAAGCUGUCCACCUCAUGCCAGAGACAGCCGCAACCGAAAUUCCCGGUAGAGAAUCAUCUAGUCAACCUAAUAGCACAAAUAGCCUCUCACAAACUUUAGCAAGUUCAAGUCUCUCUUCGCCAGGUUACUGGAAUCAAAUCUCACAAACGCCCACAAACAGUUUCUUACGGUCUUUCCUAAAUCCAUUCCUGGCAAAUCAAGCCCACGGGAUAGGGAACAACAACUCCCCGGUAGUGAUCAGUUCAUUACCACAAUCCAUGCUACUCACUUUGACCAGUCUUUCACCGUCCGAUGCACGAAUUCGUCUGGUCGAAUUAGGCACUAUGGGAGAGUCAAUUCGAGAAGACACAGAAAAUGAGGAAUCCGAUGACAAUUCAUCUGUAGAGGACGAUAACACCAAUACUAGCGAAGAGACAGACACGACUGAAGAUUGUGACACUGAGAAUGAAAAUGACCCGGAUGAAACUGUUCGGACUGAGGAAUCUAAUAACAACGCUUUGGACAGUGCACCGGGUGAAGAAGACGAACAACUUUCAACAAACCACCGGGAAAGAAAAUCUAAGACUUCUGCGAAACCAGUUCAUGCAUCAAACUCAAAUCACGUAACAAUACCAUCCUCAUCAUCGGUGAAAACCGUAGCCUGUGUUGAAAGGCCACGUGCUAAUAAUCGGUAUAAUAAAUCCGCUCAGUUGUCAGAUCAGAGGACAAUCCUGCAACCAAAAAGACAAGCCAGAUGCACUCGAAAGCAACAAACAGAAUUAAAAAGGACGCCAAGCCUCACGAGAAAACCAAACAGAAACGGGAAUAUGAGUGUAUCAAAUCGCAUCGAGCGUCAACUGCUGAACAAUCCUUUGGAACAUUUGAUCAGUUCGAGCGGUAGGAAACGCGUAAGUACCAUAAAAGAAGACGAUUCCGCUAGACCGCGGUUACCCGAUUCUGAGGAUAGACCUAGUGAACCUAAAAGACCGGUUGAUGAAGAACGACUGGUGAUGAAUCCCGCUGCUCUACAACACAGUUCUCCACGAUGGUUAGGUAGAAUGGUGAGAAAAUUCACUAGAUUGGCACGCUUCUUCGUACGUUCACAUGUUGCAGCACCGCUUUCCUACCUCGUUCCGACAGAAUGUUCCCCAGAGGUACAUGCGUGUCACGGGGAUCAGUGUGGUUCGGAGACCCGUUUCAAUGACGCAUUUAUAGCACUAACUAAGCAAAGCACGAUCUGGUCACUACCGACAAAUGAGAACCCCGUUGGGAACGGGAACCUCGUUGACGGAUGUAAUCAAAGCAACGACAACUGCAAGGUAUUUUUACCGGUGGAUUCUUUACCACCAACAGUACGCUCACUUAGAGCGAAUAUAGGAACUGAAGUCGUCCAUUUAGCAAAAAGCAUGAUGAAAAGACAAGAUGAAAGUGUGAGAUCUGUUAGUGAGACGCCGAACGAAUAG